AUGGAAUCACUUGAAUCAGACUUAAACAAGCUCAAAAUUUCCUCAAAAUCUGCACCAAUAACUCUGGAAAGCGAGUUGAUACUCGGCGAACAAAUUAUACAAAAGAUUCAGCAACGCAAAAAUAGAGAAAAAAAUAUCGUGCUUGUCAGCUUACCUGAACAAAUUGCGUCUACUCCUGAAGACAGAUUGUCAAAAGACGAAGCUGAGGUAUUCAAAACUAUAUCCUCGAUUUUUCCCGUCAAUAGCUGA